GACUCUCUGUUCUUGAAAUUCAGGGGAAAUUUUAUUGGAGACUUUGGGACGGCAAGUCCUUUGUGCCAAGAAAAACGUGUCUCAGACCCGGCUCUGGCAUCCCUGAAUAGCCUGGCGACUUCAACAUGUUGGAUCAGAGGCAGCAGCUGACCCAAAACAUCCCAACAAUCUGACACAGUCGGCAUACACCGGCAGAAACACUUGUCUCCGGCAAUAGCUUGCAAGGAUGGUACCGUUGUCACUUGUCUCCCUCAUUCCCAGCGCUGCUGCCUUCUUUUCUGACAACAAAGGGGCUAAGCCAUACUUCACUCCAGACUCACGCACUCGUUUGCCAGACACCAACCAAUGGACAACUCAGUUUCCAGAUUCUUGGCACUACUCGAAUAAGGAUGUGCCUGACGCCGUCUUGCAUCUCAAAGCAAAAGACACUCAGCUUGGUAAGUACUGUGAUGGUGCCGGUAACGGCUACACUGGAUAUGUCUCUCUCGCAAAUGGAACACGACACCUCUACUUUGUCUUCUUUGAGUCGCGUCGCGAACCUUUGCACGAUCCUCUCGUGCUUUGGCUCAAUGGCGGGCCAGGGUGUUCAUCCAUUGGCUAUGGUCUCCUGACAGAGCAUGGCCCGUGUCUCAUUGUGGACAAGACAACGAAACGCAAUGAAAACUCCUGGAACAAUGUUGCCAAUAUGCUAUACGUCGAUGAGCCUGCCGACACAGGUUAUUCCUUUACUACUGGUGGGCCAACCGCAAAGCGAGCUUCUGCUGCGGCUGAUGAUCUGGUUGCACUCAUUCAGCUGCUCAACAAGAUUUUUCCUCCCUUUCAGAAUCUACCACUCCAUCUGGCUGGCGAAUCGAAUGCAGGAAAGCACUUGCCCUGGCUUGCAAGCAAAUUGAUCAAGUUGAACAAGGAUGGUGCCCAGCUGCAAAUUCCACUGGCUUCCAUGAUGGUCGGCAACCCGGUUCUAGACGUCGCCAUACAAGAGCCGGCCUGGUAUGACUAUGCCUGCUCCAAUGCCAGUUCCAAUGGCCCCUUGUUCGACAUUAAAACAUGCAAAGAAAUGCAAUCGGAUCAUGCUCAAUGCUUGAGCCUUUGGGACCAGGUCGUCAAGGCACGACAGGCCGGGAAGCCCACGCAGGAGCUUGUCAUAAAGGCUCGUGAAUACUGUCUUGAAAAAUUUCAAUAUGCUGUUCAAGAUGCCGGCUACGAUCUUUACGAUGUUCGCCGCCAUUGUCCAGAUCUAUCAGCAGACUGUGAUGUGCUGGCCCCUCUCGCAGAACAAUUCUUACGUCGAGCUGAGGUGCGAACAGCUUUUGGGAGUCAGACAAAGAGUUUCUCCUUGUGCACCGGCGCGAUUUUUGAUGAUAGUCUCAAUAAUGGAGAUUGGUCGGAUGCAAUCACUCCUGUCUUGAUCGCUGUUCUCGAAUCUGGUCUGCCCACGUUGUUCUAUGUUGGCGAAAAAGACUUUCUAUACAAUUACAUCGGAGUCGAGAAUGUCCUUGAGUCACUGUCUUGGUCAAGCAAAGCGGGUUACGUCAAAUCAAGGCAGACGCCACGCAAAUGGGAAGGCGGUGUCGGUUGGUCUUACAAGAAUUUGGUCUACCUCCGGGUUGCGAAUGCCGGUCACGAUGUACCUGAGACUCAGCCUGCUGUUGCACAGGUAAUGCUGGCACGAUGGCUGAAACAGGGUACAUCGUUUUUUUGAGCUCAGAGGUAUAAGCUUUUCACUACACCAUAUCAUUAACAAUUGGCAAAUUGCCACAAUUCGGCUGUCCUGGAUCUUCUUAUAGGAAUACGCCGCAUGCUUGAAAUUCCUAUUGCAAAUCAGCUUAAAGCUUCGUUGGCGGCCUCUGCUUAACGUCGUCUGGCAGCUCUCCAUCCAAGAUGGCUUCAGGGUAUGGCAAUGAGCCCUGAGCAUUGUGCCAGGCACCGCCGUCUACGAUCAGAAUUUGUCC